CGCAUUUAAGUAUUUGCUGGAUAUUCUUACUAACUCCUUGCCGCCAUGGAAGCAGAAAUUUGGAAUUCCACCUAUUGUUAAAUUGUGCGCAUGUUUGCGCUUUUUUGCAGAGGGAGGACAUCAGAAAGGCGUUGGAAAGGACCAUGAAGUGGGUUUAACUCAGACUUCCUUUAGCGAGGUACUGUCAGAAGUGCUAAGUAUUUUGCAGCUAUUGCUUUGUCCACAAUGGAUAAGUUGGCCCACUUUAGAAGAGCAACGCCAAAUUGCACACGAUUUUUAUACAAAAUUUGCAAUACCAGGAGUUAUAGGAUGUGUGGAUGGAACUCACGUCAACAUAAUAUCCCCUUCAAAAAACAUUCAUCAAUUUUACAAUAGAAAAGGCAAUUGCAGUUUGAAUGUUAUGCUCGUAUGUGACAGCCAUCUGAGAAUUCGCUUUAUUGAUGCUACACACCCUGGUGUAUGUCACGAUGCCUUUAUAUGGAACAUAAGCAGUUUAAGAUUUGAAAUGGAACAAAACUAUUUGCAAACCCACAACAAAGUUUGGCUACUAGGAGAUGCUGGGUACCCCCUAGAGCCUUGGCUACUUACUCCGUACAGAACACCUGAAAGUGGUUCAGCUCAGGCCAAAUUUAAUGAAGUACACACACGCUGUCGAAAUAUAAUCGAAAGAAGAAAUGGUGUUCUUAAAAACCGAUGGAGGUGCCUGUUAAGUGCUAGUGAGAGUUGUACUAUGCUCCUAUAAAGGCAGUAAAAUAGUAAACGUUUGCGCAGCUUUGCAUAAUAUUUGCAUUCACUACAAAAGUGAUGUAAAUUUUUCUAACCCAUCUGUUGAUGAAGAUUUCAGUGAAAUCUCCACAGAAGACAAUCAACCAGUAGUCGAAGGAAGUAGUACCUUCCCCCUUUGAGCAAAGAAUACAAAUUUAAAUUCUUUAUUUAGCUUUAUUUAAAAAUAUUUUCAAGAUAA